GAUUGCUAUUCUUAUCAACUGUAAUUAACUCGGCACCAUGACUACUGUGGAAAAGAUCAAGGCUAUUGAAGAUGAAAUGGCUAAGACCCAAAAGAACAAGGCUACGUCCUUCCAUUUGGGUCAACUUAAAGCCAAGUUAGCCAAGUUGAGAAGAGAAUUGUUAACUGACAGUUCCUCCGGUGGAGGAGGUGGUGGUAUUGGGUUCGAUGUCGCCAGAACUGGGGUGGCCACUAUUGGGUUCGUCGGGUUCCCCUCGGUUGGUAAAUCAACCUUGUUAUCUAAAUUAACUGGAACCCAUUCUGAAGCAGCUGCUUAUGAAUUUACAACCUUGACCACUGUUCCUGGUACUAUCAAGUAUAAGGGGGCCAAGAUUCAAAUGUUGGAUUUACCGGGGAUUAUUGAAGGUGCCAAGGACGGUAAAGGUAGAGGUAAGCAAGUUAUUGCCGUUGCUAGAUCCGUCAACUUGUUGUUCUUGGUGUUGGAUGUCAACAAGCCCUUGCAACACAAGAGAAUUAUUGAAUAUGAAUUGGAAGGAAUGGGAAUAAGGAUAAACAAACAACCACCAAACAUUGUCAUUACCAAGAAGGAAAGAGGUGGUAUAAAUAUAACCAACACAGUUCCAUUAACUCAUUUGGACAAUGACGAAAUCAGAGCUGUCAUGUCCGAAUAUAGAAUUAACUCGGCCAACAUUGCAUUCAGAUGCGACGCCACCGUUGAUGAUUUGAUUGACGCUAUAGAAGAAAAGGCAAGAAGAUACAUACCUGCCAUUUACGUGUUGAACAAGAUCGAUUCAUUCUCCAUCGAAGAAUUGAACCUUUUAACCAAAAUUCCUGAUGCUAUCCCAAUUUCUUCCGGUAAUGGUUGGAACUUGGAUGAUUUGUUGGAAUUAAUGUGGGAAAAGCUUAACUUGGUGAGAGUCUACACUAAGCCAAAGGGUAAAUUACCUGAUUUCAGCGAGCCAGUGGUUUUAAGAAACGAUAGAUGUACAGUUGAAGAUUUCUGUAAUUCCAUCCACAAGUCCUUGGUGGAAGAUUUUAGAAAUGCAUUGGUUUUUGGUACUUCAGUAAAGCAUCAACCUCAAAUUGUCGGUCUUGGACAUGUUUUAGAAGACGAAGACGUUAUCACUAUUUUGAAAAAGUAGAAAACUUGUAACAUACCUAAUAAACAAUUACUUUGUUCACUAUAUUCGAUGGCAAUUAUCUGGUUUCAUGUCAACUUGAAAUAAUUUGUAAUUUGUAAUUUAUAAUUUGUAUAGUCUGUACCAAUUAAUAUUUUCAGAUCAUAUAGUAAUCUUUAUACUUGCUAGUAUUUAGU